AUGCUACUUGAUCAGCAAAAAAUAAUUUAGUUUUGGGGUUCAGUACAUCUUGAGAGUGCUGCUGAAAAUAUUGGUUCUCUAAGGUAGAAGAAGAACGAUUUAUAUAGGUGGUUGUAGAAAUUUUUGAAAAGUCAAGUAAAAAAGAAAUAGAUAUAUGUGAGUUUUCUGAAAAAUUGCAAAAGUGAAAAAAUAUAUAUGAAGUGUGGAGGUAGAAAAAGACUGGUGAAAAUUAUAAAAUGGGAGAGGAGAAAAAAAGAAAAUGGAGCAAAUGAUACCCAUAAAAUUUUGUGGAUAAGGGCAUGUUGCAACAGUUUAUUUGUUCACAUAUAUAACAAGUUGAAAUCAGAUAAUUACUUAUGGAUAAAAUUAAGAGAAAUGAAGUAAAGUUAUAUGCAUUUAAAGAUAUUAGGCGAGAAUAGAAUGUAGAAAAAUAAUAUGUUACCAAAAAUCAAGCAGAAAACACAGGAUGUGUGAAAGAGUCUCUACAAGAAAAAGCAAUAACAAAUGAUAUAUGA